AUGUCGGCUUACAACAUGAACUCGGCACUAGGACUGGAUUACUACCAGGUCCUCGGAGUACCUCGCGACGCCACGACCGAGGAGAUCCAACAGGCCUUUUCCCGAUUGUCACAGGCUCCCGAGGAGGCCGAGAGUGCGGGAAUUCCCGAUGGGAUUCAAGUCGUGCACAUGAUUCGAGAAGAGGCUUACAAGACGCUGACGGCCGACGCAGGCGAGCGCGAGGCGUACGAUGGGGACCUGCGACGCUCCUUUAUCUGGUCCUUUCUCCAGGCUCGGGGUUUCCAGGUCAAGACGACCACCCGGCUUGGAGAAAUCAUUGAGUUUCUGGAGGAGGAGGACUUUAUCGGCUUCAUGGCUGGUGAGGGUCUCCCGGUCAAGGGCUGGCAACUGUCUCUGGACGGUCGCUACUAUUUCGAGCUUGGCAGUGGCCGAGAGGAGCGCAAGGCGGCCGAGUCUCGGUCUCUUGUCAUUGAAACUCGACCUGUUCCCGUAAUGGAGCCUUUGUAUCCCGUAGCAGAGUCUCGACCUAUUAUUACUGAAGGGACGAUUUCAUAUUCCAAUGAGCUUCCAACACGGGUUGAGCUUCCAGUGAUGGAGGCUGAAGCUCCUCGCCCACAUCCCUCGAGCAACAGCAUCCCAAGCUCUGGCUUCUCUAGCAUUUGGUCCCGAAUGCCCCGCGUAUGGGACGUAUUACACCACAUCCUGUUUUAUCUGCUGCUGGCUUGUCUAUUGUUCCGCAUUCCCAACGAGGAAGUACGGACUGAGUCAAGUCACCGCGACGACGCCCGGAUGAACCACUACGAGGUUCUGGGCGUCCCGGCGACGGCCUCGGUCGAGGACAUCAGGAGGGCGUACCACGCCGCCGCACUGCAGUUUCACCCGGACAAGGUGCACGCGGGGGCCAACGGCUCCAACGCAAAGGCCGGAGUUGACGACGACGAGGAAGAGGUCAAUGAGACCAUGUGCCGGAUCAACGAGGCGUAUUCGACGCUUUCGACCGACGCCCGCUGCCUUUAUGACCACGAGACCUUGCACGGUGGGAGCCGCCAGUACGCCGAGUGCAUGGAAGCGUUUGGCUUUGCCGAAGCCGAGCGGCUGAUGGAGCAGCGCGUUGAGAUGGAACGAGAGGCGAGAGAACGGGAGCAGAAGAAGUUACGGCAGAUGGUCAGGGAGGGAGGAACCACCAAUUCUACGGAAUUGUCGUUGGUCGUCCAUCCUGUCCAUCGUGCCGUAGAUUCUGCAAAGUUCUCCCUGUCCAAGUCCCUCCGCGCUGCCGAAAUGGCCGUCUCCGAGUACGUCGUUCCGGUCGCGCAUGUCGUGUCCAGACGUCUCCGUAUUGCCGGGAACAGACUCUACUUGAUAUGUUACAAUCAUGAGUCGACUCGGCUGGUUGUCUUUUUCCUUGGACAGUUGAUUGGCAUUGACAUUUGUGGAGCAAUUUGA